AAUGUAAAAACCAUAGCUCAAUUCCUCAGCCGCCACAAAUGGCAGCGCUGCCGGCUGCAAGGAUUGCCGCUUUCGAGAGGCCCUUCACGUAUGUAGGUAUCGACUAUUUUGGCCCAUUGCUUGUCAUCGUGGGAAGAAGGCGAGAAAAGAGAUGGGGCGUUCUAUUUACAUGUCUAACGCUUCGCGCUAUACACAUCGAAGUUGCCCACAGCUUAAAUACCAGUUCCUGUAUCAUGGCGAUACGCAACUUUAUAUCACGACGCGGCUAUCCCAGGGAGAUAUUCUCGGACAACGGCACCAAUUUCAAGGCAUCUGAAAAAAUAAUUAGCGAGAGUCUGAAAAAUAUCGAUUUGAAUGGUAUCGCCUCAUCUUUCGACCGAGUAAAAUGGAGAUUUAAUCCACCAAGCACCCCCCAUAUGGGUGGUGCAUGGGAAAGGCUUGUGAGAUCAGUGAAGACUGUGCUUUAUGAAAUACUACCUUCAACAAGUUUCAGCGAUGAAAGCUUGCGAAGUGCAUUGAAUGAAGUAGAAUUUAUCCUGAACGCCCGCCCGCUUACAUUUGUUUCUUUGGAAAAUUGCUUGCUGAUUGGGUCAUCGGAUGGCUACAGGCCAAUAUGUAGCGACACCGUCAAUCUGCGUCAACGUUGGCAAUUGACCCAACAAUUCGCUGACCGCUUUUGGCAUCGAUGGGUGAAGGAAUAUAUACCGGUCAUCUCUAGACGUACCAAGUGGUUCACAAAACAACGCCCAGUACGUAUUGGCGAUGUCGUGGUAAUUGCAGACCAAGACCUGCCGAGGAACUGCUGGCCGAAAGGCAGAAUUGUAGAUGUGGUAAAAGCGAAGGAUGGCCAAGUUCGGAGCGCUAUGGUAGAAACCAAAUCAGGCAUUCUUCAUCGACCGAUUGCAAAAGUAGCGGUGUUAGAUGUCGGUACCUAG